AUGCGAGAAAGUGGAAAUAGGCCUCCUGGUGUCGUACCAGCGAAAGCAAUGUACAUGGCGAAAGAUAUGCAACGCAACAAUGAAUUUUGGAACAUGAAAUUAAAAGCUCCUAAGAAUUUCAUGGAAUUGAUCAAGACGAAAACUAGUGACACUGCCAUGAAACUGCUACUGAUAGUUCAAAAGGAUCACCCAGGUAGGCUCCAUGUCCUAUUGUGA